CAACGUGAAUCUCGUCGUAUUUGAUUUCGAGAUAGCAUACUUGUUCUACGUAUUUAUUAAUGGGGUACGUUUCUUUAAUUAGUUUUAACGGAUAAAUAAUUGGCUUGUUUUUUGCAGAAGACUGUCGAUUUUGUUCAGGUCUGUAAUAUCGUUGAAUUUUGUGGCGGUAAAUAUUUAGGCGGUAUGUGAGGGGUCAAAUUACAGAAUUUUGAUAUUAAUCUGCAAUUUAUUUAGCAGAUUAUUUGAAAAAAAAAUAUUUUGAAUAAGGAUUAAAAACUUCAGAGCGUGUACUCCAAACUAUAGCGUGUUUGUCAUAUUUUGCGUAUGUAACGAAGUCGGUAAAUAUAACAACAACAGCAACAACAACUCAUCGACAUCAUAUUGUUGUUCAUCUCUGCUUUAAUGAAAAUGGAGCGAUCGUAACAGUAUAAAGAAAAGCAACAAAACAAGAAAAACAAUGAUGUAACUUAGACCUUAGUUUCCGAAUGGAAAGGUCGUUCAGUCCCGUAAUAGUUAUGAUGUACUGAUAACAAUAAUUAAAACAAGAACAAAAAAUAAAUAUCUAGCCAAUCAGAAAUAACAUUUACAUCCUCACAAAAUACCAAGCUCCCUUGAUACAUAUUUCUGAUUUUCCGAUUGAUAUGGGGUGUUUUGCAAUAUUUCACCACUUCUUGUGUCAUGUAUGUGUAUUUAUUCUAAAACACAACAACGCUGCUUUUCUUUUUUUAUAGUCUUUUAUAUUUUCAUUUUGUCAAUGGUUUCUUUAAUAUUGACUUCAGCAGAAACUUUUCUGUAUCUUGCCAAUGGACUUCAACGCCGUCGCGCUUUCGUUAUACAUUACCUGUGAUCUCGGGUCGUUUUAUCCAGUACAACAAUGACUGUCUGUAUUGUAUAAAUACUCAAUUGUCUUUGUUCUAUUAUUUUGCUCAAACUGAACACAUAGUGACUAUUUUACCUUGCAAAAUGUGAUCAAUCCAGUUUCACUUUCGUUUCGGAUAAUUUUGUGACCAUCGUUAAUUCAUUUUCAAAAGUGGUCGAUGAUAACGUAAAAUAGCAUUAAAAAGGUAUAUUAGGUCAAAGUGCACAACACCUAAACAUUGACAUAGUAAUUUUCAUCAAACUUUUGGCAGAAAGAUUGGCGCUAGUUUAACGCGCUUCGUAUUCAGUCUAAUAAAAAAAACGGAUCACUCGUUGGUUGUAUCAAGGAAAUAUGACUCCCAAUAGACACGAGAUCUAUCUUACGGAGGAUUCCGGAGAUUAUCGAUGUAUCACGGUUGAAUAUACCCGAGAUUUAUCUUAAGGAGGAGUUCACAGAUUAUCGAUGUAUACGAUUGGUUGGAUCCUGAAGCGUCGUCAACGCUGUAUCAGACACAAAUACUUUGAAGUCUAUGCCAACCAUUUGCAAAUAGAUACUUGUGCUGCUGUGGUAAGGACGUAAAAUGGAAGGCUGGCAUAUUGUUAUGUUUUCUGUUGUUCAAGUGUUCCUUCAUUUGCAGACUUCAGCCGCUGUUAACGUUGCCCUUGGUAAGCCUGCCUACCAGACGGAUGUUGAGGGCAGCUAUACCGCGGGCUGUGCCGUUGACGGGAACACGUCACCGAAUUUGAUUACGAGUAGGUCGUGCGCACAUACAAACUCGUACAACACCUCAUGGUGGGUUAAUCUCCAGCAGAUAUUCCUCAUCAGAAGUGUCAAGAUUUUCAACAGGAAUGAUUGUUGUGGUAAAAGACUUACGAACGUCGAGCUUUACGUCGGGUUUUCAGAGCGCGGCUUUCAAUCACGUGAAGGAUUCAGACAGGGAGAGGUCGGUCUUUCACACACGUUUGAGCUAGCUACACCGGUGUACGGACAGUGGGUACGAAUCACACGUAACCCUCCUUUCGAGGAGCUUACUCUGUGUGAGGUGGAGGUGGAAGGUGUUCCAUAUUCUGCAGGAAGCGGCUCUCGUUUCUCGGUCUUUCAAGGAUAUGUUCACACUGGUACUGCAAUCGACGUAUCCAAGAAGGUCGGGUCAAAACUCGUCUGCGCAUCAAUGUGUGUCAAAUCAAAGAAAUGCAUCAGUACCCACUACAACACAGCGACCUUGACCUGCAGCCUGUUCGAUUCUCUGGCAUUCAAGAAAGGAGACGCCGAAAAUGACGUCUGUGCUGUCAACAGUAUUGCCAUUACAAAUAAUUCAAGGGCACAGUUGUUUGGGAUAUAAACAAGAAAUCAGACUGUCAUGUUUUUCAAAGCCAAGUUAAGCAAAUUAGAAACAUAAAUAUAUUCCAACAAAAAUGCGAUAUCUAUGAACAAAAUGAAUACAAAGUAAGCUGCACAAAUAGGAGACACAUCUUAUUAUACGGACGAAAUCAUUUGAGUCAUUUCAAACAGUCUGCACAGGACAAAUGCAACAUAAAAUAAAACAAAAACAAGUACAUGUAGUAGCUACAUCUGAAGAAAACAAAUAAGCUUUUAAUGUGAUUCGUUGCUAAUAAACAAGUAGGACUAUGACAGUCGCGAUUAAGUUCAUUGGUUUCUUUAACGAUAAACAGCGAUGUAUCAACACGUAAUUCUGAUAACAAACGAAAUAGUGAUAUCAUUGAAUACACAUUUAAUAAAAAAUCAAGUGCACCAUCCUAUAUCAUGUAGCCCAUAUUCCUCGUAUAUCAAGGGCAUAGAAAUAAUCACACAAUACACAUGUAAGAUUCAUACAUUAACACAUGUAUUUUAUACUCAGAAGAGUAGUUUGUUAGGUUUUUUACUGGCUUAUUGAAGAAAUGACUAACGAACUAUUGUUGUUUUUGUGUUGUUGUUUUCAAUUGUUUUUAAGCUUUGCAUUAGAGUAUAGACAUUUGGUCAAAGGCUUGAAAGAAAAGACCACAAGCAUUUAAGUAGGUAUUAUAUUCUUUCUUUGUUUCGUCUUUUAAUGUGUGUGUGUUUUCAUAUCAGUAAUGGUAAAUAUCCCAAAUAAGUGCGAAUCCCAACCUUGAUGACUUUUCUACGUGAACGCCCUUAUUUUCAGUAAUUUUAUUAAAGUGUUUACCACACUGUGAAUUCUUCGAUAGAUUGGCGGUAUUUUGUAACGAUUUUCAGAAAACCCAAUGUUUAGAAAUUUGCUUGUAUCUACCACAUACAGAUUUUCAAAACAGUUUAAUCUUAUAAGUCAUUGAACGAAUCGUGCAUAAUUUGUGUCAAACAAAAAUAUAAGAAGGAAAACCGCAAUCUAACUAAUUAAGCACGCGCGCGAGCUCUCUUCAGCCAAUAUACCGCAUUCAAAACGUCAAGGUUUACAUCAGGAAUGCAUGCAGUAAGUUUGUACUUAUAUUUAUCCACGAAGUGUUUUGUUUCACACUUAAGAUUCAAAUAUGUACCGUAAGCUUUAUUUGCAGAUCAUUUUGUAGUAUAUUUCUAUUUUAAAAAUGUGCACUAGCUUUACAUGUUGUGUAUAAUGUUUAAAUUUUUCUUACAUUGCUAAAUUAAAGCUAGAAACAUUUCCACUGUGGUCAAUGCUCUUUAUGUCAUUAACUUUGUGAAUAGUACAAAAAUUGCUUAUUCUUUCUUAUCUGUGAUUGAAUUACUGUAUUGUGUUAUUUUGGUGAGUUUAGCCCACUUGAGUAUAAAGCGCUCAUGGUGAGCUAUUGUGAUUACCCUAUGUCCGGCAUCCGUCGCCGUGCCAUGUCCGGUUUGCGUCGUUAACCUUCAGCUCGUUACCUCCCUAGAGGCUACAUGUGUCAGCCGAUCUUUAUGAAACAUGGUCAUAAUGUUUAUAUAGACAAUAUGAAGGCCGAUUGUGAACCUGGAUCAUGUGCGUCUAAAACCUUGGGCAUCGGGUCAAAUUUUAGAAAAUCGUGUAACCACUAGAGAGGACAUAUUUAUGCCUCAAUCAUCUUGAUACAACUUGUUCAGAAUGUUUAUCUUGACGUUUUCUUAACCACGUUUAAAUCUGGGUUACGUUCUUCCAGAACCAAGGUCACCAGUUAUAAUCUUAUUAAAACCUUAUUUCCAUUCUAGAGGCCAGGUUUAUGGUUCUUUAUGAAACAUUGACAUAUAUAGGCUAAGUUUGAAUCUAUGUUACGUGAGUUAAAAAACUUUGUAAACAGGACAAAUCAUAUAAAUAUGUUGUAACUACUCUGGAAAUUUAUUUUUUACUCGAUUUGAAACACGUCACAAUGUUUAUCUCGAUAUGUAUGAAUAUAGGUUAUACGCUUUCGAUCACUGGUGAUACAAACCUUAUUAUUACUAUAGAAAACAUUUAUCACUCGAUCUUAGUGUUACUUGGACAAAUGUUUAUCUUUACAUUUUGAUAUGCUGAGUUCAAAUCUUGGUUUCGUGUGUCCAAAAACUAGGUCACCGAGUCAAAUCUUAGAAAAAACUUGUAACCACUCUGGAGGCCACAUUUAUAAUUCAACCAUGAUGGAACUUGGGAAAAAUGCAUAUUUCAGCAAUACCUAGAACGCGUGUGAAUGUGGGUCACAUGCAAUGAAAAAGCUCACCAAGAUAAUGUUUAUAUCAUUCUAGGAUUAACAUUAAUGACUAGCUUGCUUACAUCGGUGAGAUUGUUAUCUUGACAAUAUCUCUUUCAAGUUUGAAUCUGAGUCUGAUGCGUCUAAAGACUUUGUCACCAUGUAAAAUGAAAAAAAACGUGUUAUCAAACUAAGGCCUCAUUCAAGACGCAGUGUAUGUUAAGCUUGGUCCGACUGUUUUUCUUGUCAAUAUGAAGGGCAGGUUUGAAACUGUAUGAAGUCUGGUCAAAUCAUCUACUCAUGUCUUUAGCAAUGGGUGCGCUUAGCCGCAUGUGAGCGCUUAAGGGCCAUAAUGGCCGUCUUCUCGACUGAUUAAUUUUUAAGCAGAACAUGAACAACCAAGCUAUGUAAUAUGGAUCUUUUACAACAAAUAUUGCUGCUUCUUCCUAUAUUUGCACGAUGAUGAUCUGAAAUAUUAACUAUAUGAUGCUAUAUUCUUAAAUCGUAUUCUAAAACGAAGGGAUGUAGUUGACCCUUGUUCGUAAUUUCAUUUCAUCGUCCCGCAAAGUUGUAACUCAGUUGCUCUGGUCUCCUUCCAUUUAGUAAUUAAAUGGUAAUUAAAUGGAAUGCGUGUUAAUUCCCUUUUAUUAUUGUUUAAUUUGAGUUGCAAUUGUAUGAGGUUAAAUUGUAUCUACACUUAUAUGUAUCAUGAAUAUUGCUGGGCCAAGUGUGAUGUUGAGCGCUGUACAACCGGUUUAACCCCCCAGUGCUUUGCAUUGACCGCUCGAAUGUGGUGGCCCCAGUUUUAUUCUAUUAUGUGUGUAUUGUGCUUUUUUGUACUGUUUGACAUUAAUCACUUGCGAUAAAUAAAGGACCACGAAAUUGUGUAUAAAUAAGAAUGCAAUACUGCACUAGCAGCUGUAGUUUCAAUUCUUUAUACUGCUUGAUGUAUUUGUUUGCUUUCUUGUAAUAAAUUGUG